GUUUGAUUUCAGUAUUCAGUCCUUUGAACCGUUCAAUAGCAAUGUUCUCAAUCCUCCGACAGGGCCUUGCCCGCGCUGCUCGCCUGCCUGUUGCGCAUGCUCGCUCGUACGCCGAUGCGGCCCCUGCUGCCGGCGACAAGGUCCGACUGACCUUCUCCACCCCCGAUGGCUCGUUCUUCAACGCCAAGGCCAUCACCCAGGUCAACGUCCCCGCCACCAGCGGUGAUUUCGGCAUCCUCGUCAACCACGUCCCCACGAUCGCCUGCCUGCGACCUGGCGUCGUCACCGUCGUCGAGGACGGCAAGGAGUCCAAGUUCUUCGUGUCCAGCGGCACCGUGACUGUUAACAACGACUCAAGCGUUCAGAUUGUUGCCGAGGAGGCUGCCCCUCUCGACCAGUUUGACGCCGCCGCUGCCAAGUCUGGUCUCGACCAGGCCACCCAGCGAGCAGCCUCUGCUGGCAACGACGCUGAUCGGGCCAAGGCUGAAAUUGGCGUCGAGGUUUACCGCGCUCUUGUCACCGCUCUUGCUUAAACCCCUCUUUCCGUCCCCACUUCUGUUUGUAUCCUUUUUUUUUUCCCCUUCACAUUUUGUCCCCCUUCUCCCUUUGUUUCAUUUCCCCAUCUUGUCGAUUUACAAUUUUGAAUGUGUUUUAAAUGUUCUGUAUGUCUAAAGCAAAAAUCAAAGAAACUCUUUUUUUUUUUUUUUUUUUUGUUUGUUU